AUGACAUACCCAGCAAGUGACCAGCCGCUUUUGGUUCCAGUCGCGCCGGCGUGCUCUGGCCUCUUUCCUGUGUCACGGCCAUCGGUGGGCCGAUUCCUGCUGUAUGGCAACAUUUGCCUUGAUUGCGCCAUGCAAGUGCAAAGUUUUCCCGAAGAAGAUUCCGCUACGCGAGCGCAAAGCUACACGAAAAAGACGGGCGGAAAUUGCGCCAACAGCUGCAGGGUCUUGGCACAACUUCUGGCGGACACUCCACUUUCUGUGAGUAGUUUAGGGGUCAUCCCGGACCGGGGCAACCCAGACGCAAAUUUUGCACUUUCGAGCUUGGAGCGCUUUGGUAUCGACACCUCAUUGAUGCAAGAAGUGAAGGAUGCCUCAGGAGUGCCCACGAGUUUUGUCCUUCUCAGCACGGACACUGGUGCCCGAACCAUUGUCUCCUCCCGUUGCGGCCUGAAGGAGAUGGACCCAGAGCACUUGGAACACGUCUUGGCCGCCACGUCGGACGUUGCUUGGUGCCACUUCGAGUGUCGCCAACCGGGCGUCGCGCAAAUGUUGGAGAUGUUACGACGCCGCACACCGACGACCAGGCCGUGGGUGUCGUUGGAAAUUGAGAAGCCGGGAUUGGAGUUGAAGGCGGUGCUUCCGAUGUUGCAGCUCUGUGAUGUUGUUUUCUUUUCCAGUGACUUCAUCAAGGCACGUGCAGGAGACUUGGAGGUCCAAGAGGAAGCAGCAGGUGGUCCAGUGCAGAGCCAUGUGGCACCUCGAUGUUUGCGAGCUUUGGCCUCUCAAGAGGGAAAUCCCACGCAAGCUUUGCUGAUUUGCGCCUGGGGUGCCUUGGGCGCCUUCGCGUUCGAUCCUCGCAGUGGUCAAGACUUCUUCCAAGCGGCCGAGAGGGUCCAGCCUGUCGACUCUCUGGGCGCUGGCGACACCUUCAACGCCGCCAGCCUCGCCGCCUUGGCGCUGGGCGCCAGCGUGCCGCAGAUGCUGCGCUGCGCGUGCGCGGUGGCCGGGCGCAAGGUGGCGCAAGAAGGACUGGAGAACUUGGCACGGUGGGUGCCAGAGGACAUGCCCUGGAAGAAGAGGUGA